GCUAUAGCCGACACCAUGGCUUACUGCAAAUCAGAGUUCUACACUGUGAAUUGUGGCAUGGAAUUUGGUCAAGCAGCAAUGCUUCUAUCUCAAGGAGCUAAGGGUUAUCGUGCUGUACAGCCGAAUUCGUCCACUAAGUUAUAUCUACCUAAAGUUAGCAGAUCAAGUGGGGCUGUCAUAGAUAUGUGGAUAAAGGCCAAAGAACUUGAUGCAAACACUGAGUCAUACAUUGAGCUACUAGCAAAAGGCACAGGGAAGACCAAGGAAGAAAUCGAGAAAGAUAUUCAGCGUCCUAAAUAUUUCCAAGCACAAGAAGCCAUAGACUAUGGCCUUGCUGAUAAAAUAAUCGACUCAAGAGAUGCUGCAUUCGAGAAACGGAACUACGAUGAGAUGCUUGCUUAAUCAAAAGCAAUGAGGAGAGCUGCAGGUGGUCCCCAAGCGGCUCCGUCCGGGUUCAGGUGAUUUAAAAGGUUGAUAGCAUAGCAUAACCAUACAACACAUAAAGU